AUGAAGAUGAAGACAAAUAUUAUUCAAGACUUGACGCUCAGGCUCCAUGCUGUAACUUUAUUACCACACAAAAGCCAUGAAGGCCAAACUUCAGGUAUCAGGCGAAACCCCGAGCAGAUUUCUUGUCGUCCGUCGACCGAGUUAGAGAAGCAGUAUGACGAACUUUUCAGACAGGUGGCAGAGCUAAAAGAAAAGCUUAGACAGAUGAAAGUCGCGCUUGUUUUGGAGCAAAAUAACCAGGCGGAUAAGAUGGCAGGAUACGCGGCGCCAGCGCGGGCUGGGCCGGAUAAGCUGCGGGGCCUCCCGCCUACAUUUGUGGACGUCGGGGGACUGGAUUUGUUCCGCCAAGAUAUUACCAAGUUUGUAGCCGCGCUGGCCACCGCCGGCGUUGACGUCGAGUUCCACCAUUACUCGGGGCUUCCACACGGCGUUGAAAUGAUGGCGCCGGGGAUCAGCAAAGCUAUUGCCAUGAAUAAGAAUACCUGCAGAUUCAUUUGUAGAUUUUAG